GCGGUUCCGCUUCAUGCCUCGUGAUCACGCCGCCAGUCGAUUCAUCAAUACUGGAGUGACAACACACGGGUGAUCGGGACGGGGAUCACACAGAUCUCUCUAGGAACGACAGAAGAAAUCUUCUACCAUGUGUGGUGAAUUUCAGUCGCUAAAAUGAUUGCAAUUAGGAUGCAUACAACACUGCGGAGAGUGGGAGGAGCACUGUGUCAAUGGUUAGACUGGGCAGUCAGGACCCCUACCCGUCUUCAAUGGUCGUGCUGUCUUCUCUACCUGAUCAUCGGCUCUGAUCCUGGGCAUGCUUAUCCAACUGGAGCGAAACAAUCACACUCGUCCUUUUUAUUGUUAGACAACGAAUACAGCGACACAGCCCUCUCAGGAAACAUUCACGUUCGUGUGAAACGAUCCAAUGAUUCAGCACCACCUCCGAAACAGUAUGCAAACGCAAUCGAGGAGUUUUACGCCGAUCCAAACAACAGAGCUAUGUAUUUAGUGCUUCCUCUGAUUGUGUUGAUAUAUGGAGGAUGUAGUUCUAUUUAUUGCAUUCACAAAUGCUGUCGCUACGUCAAACGGAAAAAAUUGGAAAAAGAAAUGCAAAAGAGGGAAAGAUUAACUUCUGACACCGGAAGUUGUACUGGAAUAGAGGAAACACAGGAGAAGCAGAACAUUGAAUCAGAGAGGGCAUUGUCCCCUGUCUAUGCAGAUAGUAUACACAGCAAUGAAGAUAAAGCGCUGGACAACUCUCCACCGCCGGCAUAUGAACAAACACGAUUAAAACACGAGGACCUACCAUUGGAAGAUAUCGAAGAAUCCCACGAAACACAAUACAAUCUUCAGGAAAAAUACAAAGAGGAGGAGACAAGUUUCAUUAAGACACCGGUACAUGUUCGAAUGGCGGAAACAAACAAGGUCCAAGAUGUGAACAGAGGCAUGGAUUAUUUUCAAGAUGACUCCCGAUCAUCUAGCAAAUUGUCUAGACCACCGACAAAACCAAAGACAUCGCCCCCGCCCGCAUAUGAAAAACGGACGUCACCAGACGGCAAGUCGUCGAAAGGCAAAGAGGCUUUUGAUCUGACACCAAGAGACAUUGAAGAUAUUCUGAAUUACUACAGCGACAAAAAGCACAUGCCGGACGUCAUUCCGGACGAUACGGAAAAUGUUGUUCCACUGAGGAAGAAGGUGAAGAAGUGGAAACAUAGAGUAUUUAAUGGAUAAAGAAAGUGGCAUUAGUCCAUCUUUAAAUGAACUAGAAAUGAAAUAGAGAAAGUGAUAAGAUGAAGUCGCAAAUGGAUAGAGACUGUGUUCAUGAAACACUAAGACUGAUAAUUUUAGAGAAGAAAAUAAACACAAGUUUGUCGUUUUGAUGUCGCCCUCCCUGAAAUUAUCGAAAUGCAAAAAAAAAAAAAUGUUUGUCACACGGAGUAAUAAUCAAUGUAUAUAUUCCUUAUUCCAUUCGCAUACAUUGACGAUGUAAUUAAUUUCUACAUUUAAUUCUAUGAAACAAACUUCUUUCUGUUAUAUUUUGGAAGAAACUGGUAACCAUGACGAACAAUGGGCCAUUUCAUUAAAUCUGUAAACAAUGCAGAAUGUAGAACAGAGCGAACAUGAACCCCUGGAAACACCAGAGAUGGGAUCAGGCUUCUAGAUAUUUCGGAGGAAAAUGGACGAACACAAGCUGAUGUUGUGAUGACAUGUGUCAAAAAAUCAGAUUUAUUGUUAAUAUGUAAAUUAUACAAAAUUAAUCAAACCUUAUAAUUGCGAUGAAGAUCUUUUUUGGUUUUGUAGACAGUUUUGUGUAUGCAGCAAUUUGAGUGUAAUUUUUUAAUUUAUUGUUCUUAGAAACUUUCGUAUAUUAUGUAGCACUUUGUAUUGUUCACACCGCUUAAGGAAAUGCACGGUGGGCGAUACUAAUUAACGCUGGGUCCCAGUAGAGCGGAUGAACUACACGGUGGGUGAUACUAACUAACGUUGGGUCCCAGUUGAGCCGUGGAACGUUGCAAUACACAAAAGAAAGCUCUUGAAAUUUAGAUUUUAACGACAGUGUAUAUCUCGAUAAUUUAGAAACAACUACAUUUACAAUUUAUUCAUAUCAUAGAUAUUUGUUCAGUAGUUUCCUAGUUUAUCAUAAUUGCACGUGUAACAUAAAAUUCUCAUGAUUUGAACAUAUGUAAAAUAUUAUUAACCUAACGAAUACAUGUAUGUUGCUAAUUUUCAAAAAUAUACAAUUAAAUUUCAGCUAUCAUUUCAUCAAAUAUCUCAGAAUGGAUAGAUAAAAAAUCAUAGUACACGUUGAAUCCCUUACAAGAUUCGACAAGCCCGACUCUUCAAAAUGUUACACAUUGUUGUUUUAACAUUGACAAAAAUGUCUAACAUUUUAUUGUAGUUUUAUUUGUUGUUUGAAUACUGUACUGUUCCAUUGCUAGAUUUUAGCCAGGAAACUGAACAACCAUCGACAAAUCGUCAUUACAAAAUACUACAAGAUUUAGUCAGUCUUAUAUAGCAUAAACUUGAUCAAAAUAUAAACGCAUUGAAAUAUUUUUCAAAGCCACACAUUAAAACAUCAGGGAUCAGUGCAGGAUUUUAUUUAUGACCAGCAUCUUUAAUACAGACUGUUGAUAGUGCGUUAGAGUAGAUUUAUAUUUGAUCAUUGUAAUUGUUAUUUGUUAUAUCGUGUUUUAAGGCUUAAAUCUGUGAUACAUAUUUUCUUUAUCAUGAUACGUCCAUCCUCUGUAUCAUGACAUAUAAACAAUGAAACAUUCAGCAUGUAAAAAUUGUAAUGUUUCUGUAUGUUAUUCACUAUUUAAUGUUUAUUUUACAAAGCAUUGAAUUAUUUCAAUAAAACUAUAACAUCAGA